AUGGAAACCACCGCACAGGAGCAGCCCUGGUUCAGACAGACCUUCAGGUCGGAGACGGUUGGCCUCCUCUCCCGUCACUGUCCGGGCCAGUCACCUGUGCUCUCCAGAGAGGCGUCACUUCACAGCUCGUACUCCGUGGGGCACAUGCGAGAGUCUGGAAACCUGCCUGAGCACCCCGCCCCCCAGACUGGAGGGAGCUCGGAGGCUCAGCUCCACCGGAGGUGCCCCCGGCAUACCCCUCUCUACCUGCUGCCCUGCUGCCCACUGGCUUCUCUGAGCCUCGUCAGUGGAUCUUUGACAACCAGCUCCAGUCUACAAGCCUCAAGACAGUUUCAGAGCCGCCUUCCUCGAAGAAUGACACUUUCCUGUGUGAGUGGAUCAUGUGGAGACCAGCGGGAGCGGCAGGAGCACAAGGACCCCAGCCCCCAAGUCCCGGUGCUGGGGGCGGGGCGGGCACUUGGGUCGCCAGGAGCACCCAGUGACCAUGCGGCCUGGAAGCUCCAGGACUGGAGCCUGGAGUUUGGUGUUUGUUCACAGAACAUUCUGGAGCGACUGCCUCCCAUCCCCAGCUCAACUGAAAGGCCACUGAAGGCAGGGCUGCCAAGCCGCACCCCUCCCCUCCCCCAGGCAGUCCCGGGCACCUGCGCAGGUGGGCACCGGGGCCUGACCGGGGCCCUGCCCCACCUUCGUGGGGCAGACGUCAGCUGUUUCAGAGACUCCAGGACCCCACCGGCCGCUUGGUUUCCAGCCCAGGCCACACCCUCCCUGCCCCACGCCACCACCACCCCAGCUACACAUUGGGACCCGCAGCUCCGAGCUCCCGGCACUGGACAUGGCAGGAGGGGAUGCGGUGCCGUGGGAGCCCGGAGACCCCCUGUGCCCCCAAGAGGGACCUGGCCUCACGCCUUCCUGCCUGCCGGCCUGUCACUGCCCGAGUGCGGCACACACGCCGGGGGAACGGAACGUCCCGCAGGAGGGGCCUCUCUGGACGCCCUUCUGAGGAAGCUGGGUGCCCGCAGCCUCUCGCCGUGA